AGGUUGACAUUUAAUAAAUCUCAAAUUCUCAAUAUUUGAUCUUUGAUGUUCAUAUUUAUAUUAUAUUUCGAUUGAUUGAGAUUGAGUGAAUUCCAAAAAUGAAGAUAAUGGUAAAAUGUCUUAAAGGGGGCAAUUGUCUGGCAGAUGUGGAUGCAAAUACUACAAUCGCAGAAUUGAAAAAGAAAAUUGAAACAGACAUAAACAUACCAGCUCCUCAACAAACAUUGGUUCUAUCUGGGAAAACGCUACAAGACGACAAACCACUGAGUUUUUACCCAAAUAUCCAAGAUGGAACAAAAUUGUAUGUUGCAGUUAAAAAACAAGAAACCCUUUAUGCAAUAUUAGGCAAAUUUUUAAGACAAUACUACACCGAAGAACAGUGCAAGAUGAUUGUUGAAGAAUUCAUGAGAAAUUUCAAUACUAGAGUUAAAAAUUUAAGCUUGGACGAUCUUGAGAGAAUAGCCAUUUCAGACAAAGAACAUUUGUAGUUAAUACUCUCUGAUAGGGUAAGAUUAUUGAAUUUGUUUGAUUUUCAAGUUUAAAUUAUAUACCAGGUAUAAUUCCAAAUGUUUUUGUUAUGUAUAAUUUAGAAUUGCACUCAUUUGUUCAUUUACGUCGAUGAGCAACUAAUAUUUUGUGACAUAUCUGUAUUAAUUUCGAAAGCAAUUGUGCAACUAUUAAAAAGUGACAGUAUA